GUUUGAAGCAGACCUCGCGAUGUUUGCAGGUUGACAGGCCUAUCCCGCUGACAGGCGGCCGGCCGGCCAGCCACUCGCUUCAAGCUGACAUGACGGCGAUCGUUAUCAUGAAAAUAACAACGUGAAAAAAUAUAUAGAUUCGCCGUCAGUUGGGUAGCGACUGGUUUUGUUGUGCCCUGGGAACUCGUACGCUGGUGGCCGGUCGAGCGGACAAUGUCGGUGGCUGCGAGCGGUUGAUAAGUGGAGGAGAGGCAGGAUGUCACGUCCCACCAACCUGGUGUGGGAUGUGAGGAAACGCUCGCUGGGGCUGGAGGAUCCCCGGCUAAUUCGCUUGUCCUAUUUAGGAAGAAGAGAAUUUAUCCAAAGAUUAAAACUUGAGGCAAAAUUGAAUGUACAUGAUGGUUGUGUAAAUACAAUUUGCUGGAAUGAUACAGGAGAAUAUAUUCUAUCAGGAUCUGAUGACACCAACCUAGUGAUAACUAAUCCAUAUAGUAGAAAGAUUCUUACAACUAUUCGUUCGGGUCAUCGAGCAAACAUUUUUAGUGCAAAAUUUCUUCCACACACCAGUGACAAACAGAUUAUUUCCUGCUCGGGAGACGGUGUCAUAUUUUACACAAACACAGAGAGAGACGCAGAAGCAAAUCAGCAGUGUCAGUUUAACUGUCACUAUGGAACAGCUUAUGAGAUCAUGACUGUACCAAAUGAUCCUUAUACCUUCCUAUCAUGUGGUGAAGAUGGUACAGUCAGGUGGUUCGAUGUGAGAGCCAAGACAAACUGCACAAAAGAAGACUGCAAAGAUGACAUUUUAAUAAACUGUCGUCGUGCCGCCACUUCCAUUGCUAUCUGCCCCCUGAUGCCGUACUACUUAUCUGUUGGCUGCUCAGAUAGCUCUGUGAGAUUAUAUGACCGGAGGAUGCUCGGCACAAGAGCCACAGGUAGUUACAAUGCUCGUUCAACUACUGGAAUGUGUGCAAGAUUUGUACCCCCACAUCUUACCAAUAAAUCUUGUCGAGUCACUUCCCUCUGUUACAGUAGUGAUGGGCAGGAAAUUCUUGUUAGUUAUUCCUCAGACUAUAUUUAUCUAUUUAAUCCCAAUGAUGAUCAGGGACGUGAACUCAAGAUCCCUUCGACAGAUGAGAGAAGAGAACCAGAGAUCCGGCAACCACCAGUAAAACGACUGCGGCUUCGAGGGGAUUGGUCUGAUACUGGCCCAAGGGCCAGACCAGAGAGUGAGCGAGAACGUGACGGAGAGCAAAGUCCUAAUGUGUCACUCAUGCAGCGCAUGUCAGACAUGUUAUCCAGGUGGUUUGAAGAAGCUAGUGAAAAUGCCCAAAGCAACCUGAGAGGAAGGGGAAGAUCAAGAUCCCGAGGAAACAUUGUGAGGUCGGAGGCAUUGGAUUCAAACACACCAGCGGUGCCGGAAGAAGGUGGUGAGGGUACCAUGGAGGUCGAUUCUCCAGUGGAUCAGCUGCCACAAUCUUCGUCGUCAUCCACAGUUUCAGCUCAGGCUCAAUCAACAUCAUCGUCAACUGCUGGUUCCUGCCCUACUUCUCUCCUGUCUUCACCCGAUGGUGAACACAAGCACCCACCUCAAUCAACAGACAACCCCCCACAGUCGGAACUAAGAGCUCAGUCCACUCGAUCUCUCGGGGUAAGUUUAGUCAGUAAACGACUGCAGCAACUGAGACUUUUGAAGGCUGAACAACAGAAACAGCAGGAUCUGGCAAAGAAGUCUUCCUCACAGCCUGCCUCUGAUCAUGUCACCCAUGAAGGCUCCUCACUGCUUCCUAAUAUCUCAGAUUCCCCUUCUGUGGUAAACAAACAGCUUGGAUCCAUGUCACUUGAUGAGCAACAGGGUGACAGUGCAGAUAGUUCCAGGAUUAGAACACCAGGUGCUGAACCAGUUCUAAGUCUGCAUUAUAGUACAGAGGGAACCACUGCCAGCACGAUUAAACUAGACUUCACCGAUGAAUGGAACAAUUCAGCUUCAACCUCUAGAGGAACAGGAAUUAAAAGCAAGCAAAGUAAUCGGGAAGAAUCUCGGCAAACACAAAUCCCCAAAGGGCAUUCGGAAGAAACACUGGCCACAAGUAAGACUGCAGAUGUUUCAACAGUCGAGUCAGCUGAGCAAUCAGGUAAAAGAAUAUGCAAGGUGAGGCAUGUGGGAGUGGAUGAUGCUCAUAACGAAGGGAGUGUAUCGGAAGAAACCACGGACAGUGUGUUAGAUUAUAGCUGCCAGUCCGUCCCAGCAGUCUUAGAUGAGGGAAGCCAACAACAGGAAGAAGCUGCUGCUUGCCAGAGUCUAGAAACUAAUGAGAGCUGCACCAAAAUGACUGAAUCCACGCGGCAGUCGGAUCCAACAAGGUUGAAUAACCAGGAUGAGCCGACUAGAACGACGGCCAGCCGUGAAACAGAUGACAGUGAUGAUGACCCUGUCUUAAUACCAUCUUCCCGGUUUAGGGCAGGACCAGGACACAGAUUUACUUUCAGAGGAAUGGCAGUGGGUGAUAGAAUGAGACGAACUGCAGCAGCCCGUAUUCAGGAGUUGUUCAGAAGGAGAAAAGAAAAGAAGGAAAUGGAAGAAUUAGAGACUCAAAACAUAAGAAAGCCAACAAUAAAAAUGGUGUACAAAGGCCACCGUAACUCAAGAACAAUGAUCAAAGAAGCCAACUUCUGGGGCAGUUAUUACGUAAUUAGUGGCUCAGACUGUGGUCACAUAUUCAUCUGGGAUCGUCAGACAGCUGAGUUGCUGAUGUUAUUGGAAGCUGACAACCAUGUGGUGAACUGCCUUCAACCUCAUCCUUUUGAUCCAAUUCUGGCAUCCUCGGGUAUAGAUUAUGAUGUCAAGAUUUGGACUCCACUGGAAGGAAUACCAGCCUUUGACAGAAAACUUGCAGAUGAGGUGAUCAGUCGCAAUGAAUUGAUGCUGGAGGAGACGAGGAACACAAUCACAGUUCCAGCAUCGUUCAUGCUCAGAAUGUUGGCCUCACUCAAUCAUAUCAGAACAGACCGGUUGGAAGGUGACCGCUCAGAAGGCUCUGGUCAAGAGAAUGAAGAUGAUGAAUAAUUAAUUGUCCAAAUUCGAGAGAGAAAAAAGCAUCAAGAAAUUUGUAUUACAGAAAAAUUAGUAUAUUUUCCCAAUAAAGCCUUAGUGUUAUUUUAGUUCCUUUUCUGGAAAAAAAAAGGUACAUUUAAUAUGAAAAUUUAUUUGUGCAAAAUGUGUGCACGAAUUAGGAUGAGAAAGGUGGGAAAAGAUUAAGUUGCUUUUAAUUAUUAUGUUCUGUGGAUGAGAUGUUUGGAGGUUUCAAGUGCAAUAUUCUCUAAUGUGCAACUGUAUGUGCUUGGAUCAGUGUUUUGAGUGUGAAGAUUAAAAAAGAAACACUAGUGAGAGGGUUAACCUUUCUAAACCUGCUGUUUUAUGCAUGUACACUGAGGGGGAAAAUUCAUUAAAGUUUUGGUUGUUUAAAAAAAA